AUGGUGCGUCCUCAGGCGCCUCGCGAGUUGUCCCGGGCAGACAGACAGAUCCCUCUGCCCAGAAAUGCCUUCUGCGGGGCGGGGGGGGAAGGUGAGCGGUCCGAGGGGAGGAGCAGCCUUCUGGGCCAGCGAGGGCCACGUCGGGCUCCAAGGGCGCAGCGGGGGGAGACUGAGGCCAACCACAUCAUCGCGGGGCCGAAGGGACAGACGCGGAGCCACCGAAGGAAACACGACAGGCAGGAGAGACCUGAGGAGCCGGACAUCUUCAGCGUGCCCCCGCCAGCACCGCGAAAGGAGGCUCCCCCUGCAAACAUUGGGUGGCAGGUAGAGGCGCAGGAUCCACGCCCCUGGGGACCACCAGCCCACUUUGUGGCACCCCGGAGCCUCGUGAGUUCCAGGACCCGGGGGUGCUCUGAGCGUUCCACAAGUUUUCUCAAAGGCUGCUCAGGCCCCCGAGGUCAGAGACCCAGGAAUGCUGUCCUGGCCCCAGUCCUAGGCAACUGGGGGCUCCUGGGGACAAGAUGUAACAGGACGAUGUCACAGAGGCCGGGGGCAUCUAGAACCCUGGGGCUUCCUGGCCUCAGCGUCAUCCGCCCGCACGGCCGCCUGGGCAGGUCAGCUGCUCCUGAGACCGGCCUUCGGAGACACGACACGAUGCGCGCCGGGCUGCCGCCAGGAGCGCCCUGCGAACCCGCCUCGGAGCCCCCCCACCCCGGCGCGCUCACCUGCCGCCCGCCCCGGCCACGGGCCCCUGGGAGGCCCUGGAGAUGCCCGAGGGCCUCCCAUCUGCCGUCCCCAGCGGGACCUAGCUGCCCGCGGUGGCCGGAGGAGGGCGGGCCGGGCCGGGGGGCGGCCAUGGGGUGGCCGCGGGCAGCCCUGGCCCUGGGGGCCGCCGAGGCCUCGCUGAUCCUGCUGGCGCUGCUGGUGCCGUCGGAGGCGCUGGUGCGGGCCGUGCUGGACGGCAACGCGAGCACCGUGGACUUCGCCGACCUGCCGGCGCUGUUCGGGCUGCCGCUGGCCCCCGAGGGCGUGCGGGGCUACCUGAUGGAGGCCAAGCCGGCCAACGCCUGCCAUCCCAUCGAGGGCCCGCGGCCGGGCAACGGCUCGCUGGGCGCCAUCGUGCUGAUCCGCCGGUACGACUGCACGUUCGAUCUCAAGGUGCUGCACGCCCAGAGGGCCGGCUUCGAGGCGGCCAUCGUGCACAACGUCCGCUCCGACGAGCUGGUGCGCAUGGCCCACGUCUACGAGGACCUGCGGCGCCAGAUUGCCAUCCCGUCGGUGUUCGUGGGCGAGGCCGCCUCGCAGGACCUGCGGGUCAUCGUGCGCUGCGACAAGGCAGCCCACGUCCUCCUGCUGCCCGACUACCCGCCGUGCCCCGACCUGGACUGCCACCCCGUGCUGGCCGUCUCCUGGGUGCUGGGCCGCGCCCUGGCCCUGCUCACGUCCGUCCUCUUCGUCCUCCGACAGCUGUGGAACUGGCUCUGGGCCUGGUGGACCCGAGGGCCGGCGGUGAAGCCCCAGCCCUGCCAGAAAGCCCAGGUCCGGACCUUCACUCGGCGGAACGACCUGUGCGCCAUCUGCCUGGACGAGUACGAGGAGGGCGACCAGCUCAAGAUCCUGCCCUGCUCCCACACCUACCACUGCAAGUGCAUCGACCCCUGGUUCUCCCAGGCCGCGCGGCGCUCCUGCCCCGUGUGCAAGCAGUCCGUGGCCGGCACGGAAGACGGCUCCGACUCCACCGUCGAGAGCUUCGGCGACGAGGACCCCUCGCUGCCCGGCCACCGGCCCCCGAUCUGGGCCAUCCAGGCCCGGCUGCGCUUGCGAAGGCUGGAGCUGCUGGCCCGGGCCGGAGGCUCCCAGGGCUGCUGCAGCUCCACCUCCGUGGGGGUGGCGGAGGCCGUGGCGUCCUCGGAGAGGUCCUCGGAGAGGCCCCCGGAACCCCGGUGA